AUGAGCGAGGCUACGCCCCACACUAUAUUUCCAGAGGCCCACUGCAUUCGCAAGGGUCUCUGCCCCGUGACGAAGCUCCGCCACCAAGAAGCGAACCCCAUCGAGUCCCAUUCCAUCUACUUCGAGGUCCAUGGCGAUGCGGACGCGCUCGCGCGCGGCGAGUCGCACAAGCUCGUCUUCAUCAUGGGCUUGAACUCCUCGAGCUUUGCGUGGAAGCCGCAGGUGGAGUACUUUACAAGCACGCCCGAGUUGCGCGCUAAGUACACGGUGCUUGUCUUCGAUAACCGGGGUGUGGGCAACUCGGGUACACCGAGGGGACCGUAUACCACAUCAGGAAUGGCGGCGGAUGCUGUUGCGCUUCUUGACUAUCUCGACUGGAAGAAGGAACGCGACUUGAACAUCAUUGGCGUCAGUCUGGGCGGAAUGAUAUCUCAGGAACUCGCAUACCUUAUACCUGACCGCAUCUCAUCUCUCCUGCUCGCUGUCACCACGCCUGGUAACCCGCAUUGGUGGCAAAACAUGGCACCAUGGUACGGCUUGAAGACCCUCGCGCGUCUCACGUUCACCCCGCCCGAGCAGCGCGCGCCGCUUGCUAUGGACAUGCUCUUCCCACAGGCGUGGCUGGACGAGCGCGACCCGGACGACCCGCAGGGCCGCACGAACCGGGAGGUGCAGAUUGAGGAAUUCCACUUCCGCGUCAAGAACACGCGCCCGCAGCAGCUCAUGGGCCACCUCUCGCAGAUGCUCGCCGCGCUCUCGCAUCACGUCGACGUCGUCCGGCUCUCCGAGAUCGGCCGGCGCGUCGGCGCGCGCGGGGCGGGCUGGAUCGGCGUCGUCUGUGGGGACGAGGAUCAUCUGGUGGCGACGUCCAAUUCGCACAGGCUGGUGGCGGGUUUGAGGUCUACUGACGAUGAGAUUGCGGACUUUGAGGAGUGGGAGGGGACGGGGCAUGGGAUUCAUGUGCAGAGGAGGAAGAAGUUUAGUGAGUUGAUUGAGCGGGGGGUGAGGGAGGGUGUUGCGAGGAGGGCGGCGGCGUGAGGGAGGAGGAAAGGUGAAGGAGGUGGCCGGG